UGACAUGGCUGUUCAAAAGCAAAGUUCACCCUACUUUGCCUCCAUCAUUUCGGUGUUUUCGAUUGUGUUUUACUGUGUCGGAUUUAUUAGAGUUGAACUGGAGUUAAACCAGCACAAGAACAGAUUAAAUAAUCUUGAAAGGGAUACAGGAAGCAAGCUGCCAUCUAACGACCGCGAAGACAUUGCACUCGUCCAAAAAGGUCUUGAUAUCCAGUCCCAUCAAAUCAACAGAAAUAAGCGAAAUGUCGAUAAUGAAACAGAAGAUUUUCAAAAAGAGAAAAAAAUGGCCAAAAUCAGCAAACUUUUACUUCAACUCUGUCACUCAAAGGAUUCCACCUGCAUGUCAGGUCCACCAGGCCCUCCCGGCCCACCUGGACCCAAAGGAAAUAGAGGGCGACGAGGACAGAAAGGAAAGACUGGCUAUAAAGGUGAUAGAGGGAUUAUGGGAUCACCAGGAAAGAGAGGAAAGCAAGGCAGCCAAGGACCCUUGGGCUUAAAGGGAGAGACUGGAACCAAAGGACAGAAAGGAGAAAGAGGAGGGACGGGCAUGACGGGAUCUAAAGGGGAACCUGGUCAAUCCAUUUCAUCUCCUAUUGUUAUUGCUUCUCCAGCGACUUUGACCGUUAACGAAGGUGAAUCAGCCUCGUUUCAGUGUUCAGCUAGCGGGAACCCAAGGCCGGCAAUUAUGUGGAGCAAAUUAGGCAAUAAAUCAGAGAUUAGUAAAUCAGCGGCUUCAGGGGCGAAGUUAAAGCUGCAAAACGUGACAGGAAACGAUUCAAGCUUGUAUCAGUGUACAGCAAAAAACAUCCUAGGAAAGGAUCAGGCCGCAGUGAAGUUAGAAGUCAAUGUUCAUCCACGUGUUACUCUCCAUCAUGGACCCAUUCACGCCAUCGAAGGAAGUGACAUCACUCUACCCACUUGUCACGUUACCGGCCACCCACAUCCUGUAGUCACAUGGAGCAAGUCAUUUGGUCAGUUACCUCAUGGGAGGGUUCAGUUCAACAACAGUGUCAUCAAGCUCCUUGACGUCCGAAAAAGCGAUUCUGACAACUACCUCUGUACGGCCAGAAAUCUACUAGGAAGCGUUGUAAAAAGAACUCACUUGGUGGUUGUCUCCCUGCCCCAGUUUACUGUGAGGCCGCCUGGAAAAGUUUUGGCAAUCCCUGGCGACACUUUGACGUUAAAUUGCAACGCUAUUGGUGAUCCACAACCAGUCGUUAGCUGGAAAAGACAAGGAGCUCAACUACCCGUGGGGAGGAGUCACAUGACAAGCCAGGCGCUUACUUUAAGAAAUGUGAGUGGAGAAGAUGCUGGUAACUAUAUCUGCGUGGCCACAAGCGCUGGAGUGUUUCAUAUAGAGGCGAUAAGUGAUGUAGAAGUAAGACCACCCAGAGGCAAUUAUCUCGCAGAUUGCUCAGAUGCGUUAAAAUCAGGUCAUACUCAGAGUGGAGUGUACUCUGUCAACCCAGAUGGUAAAGAACACUUCAAUGUCUACUGUGACAUGCGCACUGACGGUGGAGGCUGGACCGUGUUUCAGAGAAGACAGCAUGGCUCGGUAGACUUCUAUCGGGGAUGGAGAGACUACAAAGCAGGCUUUGGUCAGCUGAAUGGUGAGUUCUGGUUAGGAAACGACAAGAUCCACACGCUAACGAUUGCCAGAUCGAGCUCUCUGCGAGUGGACAUGGAAGAUUGGAACGGAGCUAGAGCAUAUGCCAAAUAUGGAAAGUUUAACACUGGUGAUGAGCAGGCGCAGUAUCGACUUGAAGUGGGUUCAUAUUCAGGGACAGCAGGAGAUUCGUUAGCAUGGCACAAUGGCAUGGUGUUUGGUACAAAAGACAGAGAUAAUGACAGAAGGAGCUAUGAAAACUGUGCUGUGGCGUAUUCUGGCGCCUGGUGGUACAACCACUGUUACUGGUCCAAUCUAAACGGAAAGUAUCUGGGAAACAAGAGAGGGAAUCAAGGAGUCAGGUGGAGGGAUUUCAGAGGUCCUCUUUCCCUUAAAUUCGUAGAGAUGAAACUUCGGCCGGCAUUAUAGAAUUAAUUUGCGAAACUCAAAAUCAUCACACAGCUUCAGUGUCGUUUAUCAAUGAAACCGUUGAAUGACCAGCAACUAGUUUCAUUUUUAAACGACAUCUUUUGAAAACACCGGUCAAAAAGCACAUCUUAAUUUGUAACAUAUCCAUAGUUAUAAUUAGUUGCCGCCGGCAGCCUUGGACAGUUUUUCGUCUUUGUCAUCAGUCGUCACUGAGGAUGGCUUAGCCAAAAGUGAACGGUCUCACUAAAGCCUAUCGGCAGAUUAGGUGAUAGCUACCCCUUUCCCUUUUAAGUACCUACACCUCUUCCCAAACUUAAAUGGUUUUUACCACGACUCCGGCAAACGUCUAAUUAAGGCUUGUAUUGAGUGACAUGAUAUAGUCCUUGUUAGUGGCCUGAUUGACUCAACUUUACUUAUUUCAUACUGUUUGUUUGUUAAAGGGGUAUUUUAUCAAUAUGCCUUGAGCGGCAGAGGUUUCAUUUAGAUGCCGCUAUGUUUGAGGUCAUUAAAAACAUGUAAAUGCCGUCACAGAAUCUUUAGCCGACCAUGUCGCAAUAAUUGGCCAAACUCAGCCCCUAAAAAUUGACCUAGAAUCGAAUUUGCUUUUCGAACACACAAUCGCAAUGUUAAAACAGGAAGUUCAAAGUGACAUUUCCAAAACGGAUGUAAACUUUGCAUUGCGGUAAAGUUUUCCCUCCUAUCCUAUCCUAUCCUAUCCUAUCCUAUCCUUUGCCUCCAUCAUUUCAGUGUUGCCGAUUGUGUUGCACUGAGUGGGGUUUAUAAGAGUCGAACUGGAGUUGAACCAGCAUAGUCGGCAUAAAAUUAGAUUUAAUAAUAACACAAUUGGUAUAUAUCUUCUUUUAGAAUGAAUUUAUUUCCGUUGGGGCACCCACAACGUUCGGUAUUAGUUGUGGACCAGAUCCAAUCACAUGAUUAAACUCAGCACAAGCACACCACCCUGUGAGUUUUUGACGCGCAAAACAUAAGAAAGUAAUGUAAAGAACUGUAUGACGGCCACAAAUAAAGGACUGAAUAAUAACAUUUUCAACGCGUCGUGUUCUGAAAAUCUCAGCUAAGUCGAAUGGAGUUGUUGUCCUCUCACAUUUGAGGCAAUUCACUUGGAACUGCUGACCGAUCGCUCUUUCCAAGAUGCUUCACAAGAAAUACCAACCACAAUCAUAAAUGCGAAAAUUAACUUUGGAUGACAACUUUCUGACGUCUGCAAGCAAUUAUUUUUUUUUGUCCACGACAAAUAAAAGAGGAUGCCUUGUUA